UCCCCCAUUGACUGAGCAACCAACUUCGGGUUUACGGGACUUUGGUUACCUAAAAUGGGGUUCGUUCAAUGUUGUCCUGUACACUGAUUUCGUGAAAUUUGUGAAUAAAGUAACUAUGGAAAGACUAUGGAAAGAAGCUCCUAAAAAAAGUGGAUAAAGACGUGGUUUGAACACGGAAGGUGGAAUAGAAGAGAGCAGAUACAGGUUAAUUCCGGCGGUCCCAUCUGUGUGCCAGAAGAAAGCGGAGAGAGAAAUUGGACAUUCUGGAACCCCCAGCGGGACGUUCUCGUUUUCAGCCACAGAGCUUCCAAAAGUCCCAAAGCCCUGAGGAUCAAGUCAACAUACUGAUGCAGACUUCUUCAACUUUUCAUAAAAGGGUGUAAAGGCUGCUGGCUGUCUUGUCCUGCCCUGUAACCGAGCAGAGCACCAAUGCCAGUGGACAUGCAGCCACAUCAGAGGCUGUAUCAUUAUGAGUCUACACCCAACCAGCCGCCCAGAGGUCUUACUCCAUCAGGAAGGUCACCCUACAGUGAUGUGUCAUCGCUCCGUGCUCCACUCCACAACGGCCAGCCUAUGGACUGCAGGAACAUGUACAACCCUAUGACCCCUAACCCCAUGACCCCUAAUCCCAGGACCAACCCUAACUCUGGGGUCAACCCCAUGGACCAGUACAUGCGGCCCCCUCUGGCCCCCCCACUGCACAGCAUGAUGGGACACCGUGGCAUGAAUCAGUUCUCCGAUGGUGGAAACAGCUCCCCCUACUGUCAGAACAACCUCAUGUCAUCACACUAUGGCUUCCCCCACGGCCACGGAUCAGACCACAUGGGAGGUGGUUGGCGGUUCUCCACGCCUCGCUCCAUGCUGAAGCUGAGUAAGAAGCGUGCUCUGUCCAUCUCUCCUCUCUCUGACGCCAGCAUGGACCUCCACACGGUCAUCAGGACCUCUCCUAACUCACUGGUGGCAUUUGUCAACUCACGAUGUGGACCAAAUGGAGGCUCCACCUAUGGACAUCUGUCUGUUGGUGCUAUGAGUCCGUCUAUCGGUCUCUCCAACUCCAUGAACUACCAGUCCAGACAACAAGGCUCAAUGUACGGUGGACACACCCCGGGACCCUGCCACGCCCCUCCCACCAGAAUACCCCCACACAACCCCCGACUCCACCCACCCAAACAUGGACACCUGAAGACAGAACCCGGACUGGGCAAUGUGAUGGAUGGGAUCAAUAUUAAGUGUCUGGAGGAGAGAUCCGAGGGAGACAUGGCCAGCCCUUCUUCCACUGGCACACAGGAUCCUCUGCUGGGUCUGCUGGACUGCCGGGAGGAUCUGGAUAGGGAGGAGAAACCGGAGCCAGAGGUCAUCUAUGAGACCAACUGCCACUGGGAGAGCUGCAGCAAGGAGUUUGACACGCAGGAGCAGCUAGUGCACCACAUCAACAAUGAGCACAUCCACGGAGAGAAGAAGGAGUUUGUGUGCCACUGGCAGGAGUGUUCCAGGGAGCAGAGACCAUUCAAAGCCCAGUACAUGCUGGUGGUUCACAUGCGUAGGCACACAGGAGAGAAACCACAUAAGUGUACUUUUGAGGGCUGUAAUAAGGCCUACUCUCGCCUGGAGAACCUGAAGACCCACCUGAGGUCUCAUACGGGGGAGAAACCAUACGUCUGUGAACACGAGGGCUGCAACAAAGCCUUCUCCAACGCCUCAGACAGAGCCAAGCACCAGAACCGUACACACUCCAACGAGAAGCCUUACGUGUGUAAGAUCUCUGGGUGUACUAAGCGCUACACAGACCCCAGCUCUCUGCGGAAGCACGUGAAGACUGUCCACGGCCCUGAGGCUCACAUCACCAAAAAGCAUAGAGGAGACACUGGGCCUCGGCAGCCAGGCUCAUCACUGACACCUGGUGGACAGCGUGGUGAACUGCUGCUGGAGAAAGAAGAGGCUGGACACAGGGAGGACUGCAAACUGCUGGCACCUGAGAGCACUCUGAAGUCUCAGCCCAGCCCGGGUGGCCAGUCUUCCUGCAGUAGCGAGCGCUCUCCACUGGGGAGCGCCAACAACAACGACAGCGGUGUGGAGAUGAACCUGAAUGCAGCUGGCAGUCUGGAGGACCUGACCGCUCUGGAGGAGGGGCAGGAGGAGGCUGCGAGGCGGGGGGCAGGAGGAGGCUGCGAGGCGGGGUGCUCAGGGGCAGGGAUGGGGGGCAUGUCAGCACAUGCCCUGAAGAGACUAGAGAACCUGAAGAUAGAGAAGCUGAAACAGGUCAGGAGACCAACUCCGCCCGGAUGCUGUGGUGGGGGGAACAAGCUGCCUGCACUCACAGGUGGUCCAGGGGAGAUGAUGGGAGGGAUGUGUUCUCCCUCGCCCCUCCUCUCCAACCGCCGAGUCAUGGAACUGUCCAAUCACGAGCUGGGGGGUGGAUCCUCUGGCAUGGUCUGUCCUAUCAGUGACAGGAGGGGGAGUGGCACCAGCAGCAUGAGCUCGGCCUACACAGUGAGCCGUCGUUCUUCCAUGGUUUCCCCCUACCUCUCCAGCCGACGCUCCAGCGAGGUCUCCCAGCUAGGAGGAGGGGGAGCUGGGGGAGGAGGAGGAGGAGGAGCAGGGUUCCUGGGUUCUGACCAGGGAGGAGGUGACCCCCUCCCCCCUGAGACCAGCUGCAGAGGAGCACCCUGCCGUGGUGUAGGAGGGGCAGCAGGAGGGUUACCAGAGAUGUCUAGUCUAACGCCAGCCCAGCAGUACAGCCUGAAGGCUAAGUACGCAGCAGCUACUGACGGCCCACCCCCCACCCCACUACCCAGUAUGGAGCAGGGACCGGGAACAGCCAGGAGGAGAGGAGGCUUCCUCAGCGAGUACCAGGGUCAGCCGCUGCCAGCGUUCCUGCAGUAUGGCGGUCCCAGGAGACAAAGUGCCAACACGGGAGAGUAUGGCACCGGGGUCAUCUACCCCCACCAAGUCCCAGGGAAUGUCACCCGGCGCUCCAGUGACCCCGUCCGUUCCACUGGCAACCCCCAUGCCCUUCCCAAGGUGCAACGCUUCAAUAGCCUGAACAACCUGGCCAUGAUGGGCCGGAGGAACGCCCUGCAGCAUUGUGGGUCAGACGCCAACAUCAGCCGCCAUAUGUUAUCCCCGCGGCCACCCAGCAUCACAGAGAACGUCAUGAUGGAGGCCUUGGCCAUGGACGCCCAUGGUGGGACCGUGGAUAACAGGGACCAUGGCAUGAUGCUUCACCCAGGAGAGAGAGGCUUCCUGGGCUACCAGAACCACCACAUGGGGGGUCUCUCCAGCCAGUUAUCACCCAGCCACGACAGCCUGGGCUGCCCAGAGCAGGGCUAUCAGCGAGCGACAGAGACGGCCAUCCAGGGUGGGCACUACCAGGGUACUACCAGGGGACCAGGCCAGGGUACUACCAGGGGACCAGGCCAGGGUACUACCAGGGGACCAGGCCAGGGCCAGAUGGAGCCAGGGGGACCCAUCCACUCAGAGGGGAUGUCCAACACCUUGCUACAGCAGGCUGAGUACAGCAUGAGUACCUGCCAGCUCAGCCCCUCUGAACCACACUACCCCCGCCUGGGCCAGGGAGGGCCCGAUGGAGGUGCAGGGCCCUGGGAGGAGAGCAGUCAGGUCCAGACCCCUCAUGGAGCUCUCCAGACAGGGAUGCAGUACCAGGACCAGGGCUCUAUGCAGGGCCAAGUCCAGACACAGGGUCUCUACAGCAGCCAGCAGAGUCUGUACACCCAAGGCCAAGAUGGAGGCCACCAGAAUCUGAACAUCAAACCAGAGCAGCAGCAGUAUCAUCCAGCCCUUGCCAACCCAGACGCCUGCCAAAAGCAGCACCAACACCAACAACAGCAGAGGCCCCACCCAGGGCAGACACCCAUGCCCAUGGGACCCAUGUCCCCUCAGAGUUACCCCCAGCCGGGGCAACCUGGCCAAGGCAUGAUGAGGACUAUUAACCCCUCCUGUAACUUCCAUGGUGGAGGGAUGGAGAACCAGAUCCAGGCCUCCAUGCAGCAGGGACAGCAGCAAAGCGGGGGCCUCAGUGUGGGGUCGGCUGGUCUGGGGCCUGGGGGCCGGUCUCAGACACCAAUGAUGCAGGUGAAGGAGAUGAUGGUGAGGAACUAUGUGCAGUCGCAGCAGGCUCUACUGUGGGGUCAGGAGCAGGACCAGAGGGGGAUAGCAGCAGAGGGAAAACCCCUUCCUUUGUCAGACAGCAUGGACAUGACAGGACAACAGGUGGCCAUGAUACAUCAGCAGCCUAGUCCCCAGCAACAACACCAGCACCAUCCCCAGCAACAGCACCAGCCCCAGCAACAACACCAACACCAGCCACAACACCAACACCAGCCCCAGCAACAACACCAACACCAGCCCCAGCAACAACACCAACACCAGCCCCAGCAACAACACCAACACCAGCCCCAGCAACAACACCAACAAAGCCUCUACCCCAAGCCAGACUCCAGCUUCCCAGGCUAUUCCACCAACCAGAACCUGAUGAUCCCCCUAGGCCAUAGCCGAGGAGGCCCCAGCUCCGGCUCCUCCAUCCCCUCUAACGAGGUCCCCAUGAUGAGCCUGCCUGGAGGGCCAGGGUCCUGCUACAGCCAGGAAAUGGGAGUCCCUGUGGUCCCUAGACCACCCCAGGGCCGGAAGCCUCUCAUCAGACAGAAUAGCCUCCAGUCCCAGCCAGGAGGAGGGUACCUGGGCAGUCCUCCACACGUCAGCCCAGUCCAGUCUACCUCCAGCCCAAGGAGAGCAGUCCGACUGCCCCCUGUCCAGCGCUCUCAGACCCAUCGGGAGAUCUUCUCUCCCUCCAACAAUAGCAACAUGUAUUACUCGGGCCAGAUCCACAUGCAGCACCCUGACAUGGACAAGCUGCAGAUCCAAAUCGAACGGAUCACCCAUUCUCACCAGGACCCAACCCAGACCGGGCCCUGCCUCAACCAGCACCAGGGGCACCUGCUGACCCAUAUGGACCAUCAGCGGAACAAGUCUGCCCAGCUGGGCUACCUCCAUGACCAUGGGUCCACUCCCAUCUCCAAUGCUCUGGAGAACGUGGAUCUGGAUAAUGCCCAGAUAGACUUUACCUCCAUCAUUGAUGACCCAGACCCCUCGUCCUUCAGCCCCGUCAAUCCACCUCUCCAUGGUGGUUCAUCCCAGACCUCGUCUCGUCUCACCACCCCACAGACCUCCACCACCCUGCCCUCCUCUGUGCUCCCCAACAUGGCUGUAGGGGACAUGACCUCCAUGCUCACCUCUCUGGCUGAUGAGAACAAGUACCUGAAUACGGUGUCUUAGAACCUGAACACGCUCAUAAAGUUGGCUAGAGGGGCUCAUCUAUCUGUCUCGAGAGACUAAGUAACUGAAGAUACUGUCGUAGUACAAGUACCUAGACUGUCCUAGAGUGGACCCUAGGGCCACAGCCCGUUGGUGUUAGCUUACCACUUAACAUAAAGUUACAGGAAAUGACUGUGGAGAGUAAAGGUACUGAAAAGAUGUCCCCUUUGUCUUGGCCUCACACAGACGUGUUCUGUCCCUGGCCAGGAUGAACAGAUACACAGUAACUACUCCUUAGAGGACUUAGAGCCAAACCAAAGGUGCCUACUGAUCUUGAUCACUGUGUUCUCUUGUCUCACGAGAAGAUCACUGACUUUGGAGUUGCUUUGUACAAUACUGUUGCUUGGUACAAUACUGUUGCUUGGUACAAUACUGUUGCUUGGUACAAUACUGUUGCUCGGUACAAUACUGUUGCUCGGUACAAUACUGUUGCUCGGUACAAUACUGUUGCUCGGUACAAUACUGUUGCUCGGUACAAUACUGUUGCUUAGUACAAUACUGUUGCUCGGUACAAUACUGUUGCUUGGUGCAAUACUGUUGCUUGGUACAAUAAUGUUGCUCGGUACAAUACUGUUGCUUGGUGCAAUAAUGUUGCUCGGUACAAUACUGUUGCUUGGUACAAUACUGUUGCUCGACAUAAUACUUGUUGCUUGACGCAGAACUGUUUGCCUGAAAUGACUGUCAUCACCAUAACGACGUCAUCGCCGUAAUGACAUCAUCACCAUAACGACGGUCAUUUCAGUCAUAGAGGUUCUUUAGGGCAACAGAGAGGGUACCGCCAUGUAAAUGAGUUAUACAUGUAUAUGCUGUGUAUAUGACAACGUUGACAGGGAUGGAACUCUAAUGUCUGUCUCGUGGACUGGACUCCAAGGCCUCACUCUUCUGGAAUGAGACCGGAGGAAAACAGAGCUGCUCCAAGGAAGAAUGUAAAAAGAAAAUGACUGAUAGACACCUGAGUGCUUUGAAGAUUCAUCUAUAUUCCCAGGGACACACUCCUGUCAGGGACACACACACACGAUAGUGAUGACACACACACACAUAGUGAUGGCACACACAUAAUGAUGACACACAUACAUGAUAGUGAUGACACACACAAAAUGAUGACACACACACAUAAU